GUUGUGUCAGAAAACGUCAAGUUUUUUGCUGAAAGAGUAGGAGUUUUCUCAGUGGGUGAAAAGAGUGGUUUUCUCUGGGGAUUUGGGUGUUUUCCUAGCAAAAAUGGGUGCUAUAGCUAGUAGACAGAAUGCUACAGUGGAGGAAGCUGAUAUUGUGUCCAAUCACUACAAAUAUCCGCCGAGAUCGGGCACCUACUUCGGGAGCCACUUCAUAAUGGGCGGGGAGCGCUUCGACACACCUCAGCCGGAGUCCUACUUGUUCGGAGAGAAUGGCGACCUCAACUUCCUGGGCAAUCGACCCACUCCGGUUGCUUCUCUGGCUUUCCAGUUCCCUUAUCCGCCGCCCCAGGCGAAUGAGCCCACAAAGACACUCAAGUGUCUCGUCAACAUCCGCAAAGAGUCCAUAAGGUUCGUGAAGGCCGACCCGAGCAACACAAAGAUCCAAGAAGUGGGAAAGGGUGGCAAUGCUUUCAACGUGGAGUUCACAUUCGACUCGGAUGCCAAGUGUGCAAUAACCAUCUAUUAUUUCUGCACUGAGGAAGUCUCCGCGGGCGCCGUGAGCUUCCUAACGCGUGAUUCUGCCCUCACAUCAGAGACAUAUCACUUCAAGCGUGGCGUGAAUCAGCUCUUCUCGCAGCCCAGUCACGUCUUCUCACCCUCAAUCUUCUCGGAAGACGAUUUGGCCUACAAUAGCGAGCGCGAUGUGAUUCCCAUUGCGAUCCACUGUGUCGUGGAGGAGGGCGUGGAGGAGCACCGUCAAUCCCACACGACUAUCUGCGUGGUGGAUCACCACACGGACGGCACUUAUGUGCUGCGUGCACUGAAGCAGAAGAUCUUUGUGGACGGACUGAGCUACUUGCUGCAGGAGAUUUACGGCAUCGAGAACAAGAACAUCAACAAGUCCUCGAGUGAUGAUGAGAAUGAGGGCAAUAGUGAGUGUGUGAUCUGCAUGAGUGAUGGCAGGGAUACGCUGAUUCUUCCGUGCAGACAUCUCUGCCUCUGCAACUCCUGUGCCGACUCACUGCGCUACCAGGCCAACAAUUGUCCCAUCUGUAGGGCUCCAUUCAAGGCCCUGCUGCAGAUCCGUGCCGUGCAGAAGAACUCGACGGCGCAUCAUUUGAUGCCCGCUCCGGCGCCACAGGACGCUGGAGACAAUAUUCCCAAUGGCUACAUGGCCGUGGCUCUGAUUGAGGCUCUCAACGGCCCACCGGGAAGUACAACCAGGCAUCAAAGCACGGGAGAUGGAGUCGAUGGAGAGAACACUGACGCAGUGCAAGCGGCAGAGAUUCUCAAUCGCAGCCUCGAUCGCAAUGGGAAGAAUGCAGUGAGCCCAAAAGACCCGGAGAAGCAGGGGAAGGACAAGGGCAAUCUCAAUACUCCUGAGUUUCGUAUGUCGGUGCUGAUGUCGAAGGAGGACAACAACGUGACCAAGGAAUUGUUGGCCAAGCAUUCACCCCUGAUGAACAGAGCGCCGCAGAGUCGUGAUAAGAAUCCACGCGAGAAAGGCUUCCUGAGGCCAUCUCACGACAACGUGAAGGUGAUUAAUGAGAAGAAUGCCACACCGGAGAAUGAUGAUGACAGUGAGACAGAGAGAUUGUCUCCACUGUUGAACACUGCUUCGAGCGGAGAGAACAAACUAGGAUCUGCGCUGCACAUUGACGGAGUGGAGGAGUCCAUUGAUGACACUGACACGGAUGUCGAUGAGGUGGACAAGGAGAACAAAGGGAAGAAAUCACGACCAAUUCUGAACAAUGACAAGGAUGGAAUGACAGUGAUUGGUGCUGAGGAUUCUGACUAUUACACCCCCGAAGAUCCUCACACGACCAUCUUGAGUCCUCUGUACUCGGAGAAUGGCAGCAGUAGCUUGGGUAAAUCCAAGGAGAACCUCUCGACGCUGUCAACUCCCGUGGCUGCGCUCAAAGAGGCUGCUCAGUCACUGCCGGACAGCCCGAUAAGCGGCAAUUCAGCAUCGACACGGAGCUCAGGCGACAGCUACUCAUCCAGCUCGUCGACGAAGCAGCUGCUGGCAUCGGUGCCCAACGACAACUACAGCGGUGUGAAGGUGGGCGACAAGGAGAGCUCCCAGGAGGACAGCACACCGUAA